UAAUUAUCGAAUAAUUAUCGUAAGAACCAAAAAUGAGACCCAUGAAACCCAUCAUAAACGUAGUUAGCUUAUUUUUAAUUUUAGUACUAUUAUUAAUUAGUUUCCCUAAAGAACUUGGAGAAGUUCCAGAACAGGAUAUUGCGCGUUGGACUCGGUAUCCAGCGUGGCAUCCUGAAAUUAUUGGUUAUAAUUAUGAAAUAUCUGAUUCCUUAGUUUUAUUGGCAAUUGUGCUUACAAUUGGUUCUUCUUAUUUUGGAUUAAAGUGGUCAACUGAACCACCGAAACAACAAAAAUAUAUUUCAUAUCUUUAUAAAGAUGGAACAGCAAUACCAACAACAGGAUUUAUUCUUUUAUUGUCUUUUUAUAUAUCACUAACAGGAAUGGCUGAAAUUACUUAUUGGUUAUUUGAUGUUGGUAAAUUAUGGAGUGUUACAGGUUCUUUACACAAUGUAUUGGAAGUUGCAAUUUUACUUUUACUACAUAAUGGAGGAAAACUAAAAUCAAAUUUAACUUUUGCCUGGUUGGGAGGAUAUAUUUUAUUGGUAACUAUAUUAAGUAUGAAAUUAUCAUGGCCUUAUGAUGGGAUUUGGUUUAAAAUUCAAGGUCUUUGUACAGACUAUGCUGUAAUUAUUCAGUUUAUUCGUAUUUAUUUCUCAACGCGUAAAAAUCUCCGUGAAGCAAAUGAUGAACAACUUCCAUUAAAUACUGAUGAGCAAGUUAUUCUUUCUACCUCGACGAAUAAAAUAUCUUAUGAUGAAUUUUUUCCAGAUAGCGUUUCUCAUCCAGAUCAACUUAUAUUAUUGAUUUUAGGUUCAAUUGCACAUUUAAUUGGUAAUAUCGCGAAUAGUAUUUGGAUACGAAGUACUUUAGCGUUUCAAAUAUUUCAAUUAAGCUAUGUUGUAACUUGGCCUUUAUAUGCUUACUAUAUAUAUGUUGAUACUCAUUGUGCUGGUAUGUUUCAACAAAAACGUAUUUACUUACCUGACACUAGACGUUGGAAAGUCAUAUGUGUUAUAAUUUCGACUUUUAUUUUAAGUAUUGGUUCGGUUAGAUUUGCAAUAUUUGUACAAAGUUUGUAAUCUACCUUAUUUAUAAAUUCAAAAACAAAAUAAAAUAGACAACCGAAAAAAAAUACUCGUGAUCAAAAAUCCAGCGUUUAAUAUUACAAUCUUAAAUGAUUGGAAAAUAAGAAUAAAAAUAACUUUUUUUCUUCAAAUUUU